AUGUCGGGGGCUAGCCGCCCUUUCACCGUUCACCUACAUGCCGAAAUACGUAAGCUCACCGCUCACCUGACCUUAUGGCAUAUCGUUGCCGUCCGCCGUUGUCCUCGUCUCGCCGUCAAUGUCCCUUCACCUCUUGGCAUUCUCCUCUCCCCCGGCCCCUGUACGGAAUAUGUGGAUCACUCCUCCUCCUCCGCCUCCGCCUCGCCAACCCGCCUCAACCCCUCCCACCCCGGUCCCAGCCGUCUCCGUACCUCUUCCUCGGUGCUCCGCCCAGACUCCGCGCCACCCACUAUCCGUAGAAAUCCCCCGCAAAACGCCGAUCCGUCUGAACCCAUAUCCCCGGUUCUGGCUCCGACCUUAACUCCAUUCCAUACCAGGGGAUGGGGGAUUCAGAGAGAGAAGCAAAACGGUCGGACAAUAACAAUCAACUGGCCCAUGCUCCACGCCUAA